CCACCGAGAUUCAUCUGCAUCCAGCUCCGUUCUCUAGCUCCAUCCCUCUUUCUGAUCCCCGUGCUUCCAGAAAUAUGCAGCGCUAGAUGUGCAAAGUCGCUGGCAUCCCCCGUUCCACCGGAGCGAGCGCCGCCACCGGAUCUCGUCCCCUCCGCUCCCUCUCCCAUGCCGUCGGCGCACGCCCCGGCCACGGUGCGGUCGCGGCAGACCUUCAGCUGGAUCUGCACAUCGCACAGCUUGCAUGCCGGUGUCCUCUUCCACUCCUUCCCUUUGGACGGCCACCCUCAGGUUCUUCGACGAGAUCCGCGUGUGACGCGCCACGCGAUGGAGACGUCGACAUCAGGGGUCUCUCCCUCCCGUCCGCGUCAAGGCCGGAGGGGACUGCCGGCGGCGGACAGCAAGCGAGCGAGCGUACGAUGGCCGCCCUCACCGUCGGGAUGGCUCGCUGCAGCGGCAUCCUCCUCAUCCUGAUUCUCUCCGUCGGGAUGGCCUCAGAAUCCGCGCUGGUGGGCGACAGGUGAGCCACAGGCUCGCAGUCGUCGUGCCGGUGCUGGGAUGCAUUGCGCCUCCUGCUCCCCACUCGCCGGGAGCCCCUGCUACGCCACCCCGUGCACCCCGUUCUCCGCGGCGGCCUACAACACUGCCGGUGCGGUCAGAAACAGUCUAGAUGCUUUAUUAUUUACUAAAAUAGGGAGUGCGGGUUGAUAUCAUUUAAACCGAGGGGCCUUUUUAAAAAACUGCCACGAUGACGGACGACAAAAACCCAAUUUGCUUUAUUAUUAGGUAAAGAUAUAUCGAUCUUUACGUCUCGACCA